AAUCUUGAAAACCAUGGUUGUUUCGUUAAAGCCAAAACCAGUCACUCUUAAUAAUAGCCAAAUCUAUGUUAACCCAAAAUGCAAACCGAGUCCGGUUCUAGUCCCGGUUGUAAAUUUAACCGACCCAAAUGCCAAAACCCAAAUCGUAAAGGCUUGCGAGGAGUUUGGGUUCUUCAAAGUCGUCAACCAUGGGGUCAGACCAGAGUUUUUGACCCAGUUGGAAGAAGAGGCCAUCAAAUUCUUUGCUUUGCCACAGUCGCAUAAAGACAAGGCGGGUCCAGCCUACCCGUUUGGGUACGGUAGUAAACGGAUCGGACCUAAUGGUGAUGUAGGCUGGAUAGAGUAUAUUCUCCUCAAUGCUAAUAGUGAUACCAAAACUACAGCCGUUUUCCGACAAACCACUCAAACUUUCAGAGAGGUGGUGGAAGUGUACAUGGAGGAGAUGAAGGACAUGUCUAGCAAAGUUCUUGAUAUGGUAGCUGAAGAGUUAAAGAUAGAGCCAAAGGAGAAGCUAAGCAAACUGGUGAAGGUGAAGGAGAGUGAUUCGUGUCUGAGGAUGAACCAUUACCCGGAGAAGAAGGAGACUAGAGGCAAGGAAGAGGUUGGGUUCGGUGAGCAUACAGAUCCACAGUUAGUGUCAGUUCUCAGGUCAAACGACACGAAGGGUUUACAAAUCUGUUUGAAAGAUGGGACUUGGGUCGAUGUUCCACCUGAUCACUCCUCUUUCUUCGUUAUUGUCGGAGAUACUCUUCAGGUGAUGACUAAUGGAAGAUUCAAAAGUGUGAAACACAGAGUGCUCACAAAUGCAAAGAGGUCAAGACUAUCGAUGAUCUACUUCGCAGGUCCUCCGUUGACAGAGAAGAUUGCACCAUUAUCAUGCCUUGUCCCAAAGCAGGAAGAUUGUCUCUAUAGAGAGUUUACUUGGUCUCAGUACAAGUCAGCUGCUUACAAGACUAAGCUUGGCGACUAUAGGCUUGGUCUCUUUGAGAAACAAUUUCCAUUUUCUAUUUCCGGUACUGUUUGAGUUUUUUUUUCUUCAUUUUA